AUGAGCCAGGGGAGGUCAGACAAUGACCUGGCAGCGAAGUAUGAAAGCAGUUACCAGCAAAAUCGGCCGUACUGGUCAUUGCAGUCAUCCUGGAUGGGGACUCGGAGACGGGCCUUAUCAAUAGCUAGAGACGUGGCACAGUCAUGCCCUCAGCACCCAAGCUAUCGCCUUCAAUGCAUAACCCUCCUCCUUGUCUCCUCAAUAGAAAGUCCGCUGACAUCUCUGUGUUUACGCGUCAAUCAUGUCAGCUACCGCUUCAUUGUGAUCGACAGCAUGACAUCGGUAUUCAACACCGAUGCUUCACUGCCCUACAACCAUGAAGCUACCGCUUCAAAUGCACGGUUAUCGGCCCCGCCUCCCCAAAUCAUUGGUGAACGAAACUAUGGCAACUAUAACCACUCUCCAUGCCACCCGAAGGAAACACGAGGGCUGAGAUACUGCCAGGUUGCCAAAGCCUUGGCAGUCGGAGCAGUUAAGCACCAGCAUGUUGACCGGUGUGUUCUUCUUGUGAGCAUAAUACGUUCUUUGUGUUCUGAGAAUUCCGGACGUCUGACACUAUACGGUGAGCUCUCCAAAAGCUUCCGUAUGCAAAGCGGUGCUCGUCAGGUAUGCCCACUUUCUCCAUUCCUAUUUAACUUCGUGAUCGAUGAAAUCAUGAGACGAACGCUGGAUGGUCUUCAAAACGCCGGUGUCCUAAUAGUUUGUGACGAACACCUUGUCGAUCUGGAAUAUGCAGACGAUACCGCUUCACUUACAAUCCAAGGAAGGGCGCUGAAAGUUGUGGAGCUUUCCACGUACCUUGGAAGUUUUGUUGGUUCCGACUGUAAUAUAACAGAUAAGGGCAAUUCACGAAUCUGCAAGGCUUGGGUCACGUUUCCUACGUUGAGACAUUGCGUCAAAGUGGUGUAUCCCUGCAUCUCAAGGGGUUCGUCGAAUUGGCUUUUUCGAGCUGCGGAACUGACACGUCUUCAGGUCUUAGACAGUCGUCGCAGAACCACAGCUCGUGUGGGCUGGUGUCGGCGUAUCCGUUACGAGGCGAUUAGAAAGGGAGUUUUCGGUUGUGCAACGGGCACUUCCAUUGAAGAAUGUGCCCAGCACCAAAAGCUGCGUUGGUUUAGACACGUGUUGUGUAUGCCUAAUCAUCGUUUGCCAAAGAGUACUGUUCUCCAUGCCCAACUCAGAGUGGCAGAAGCAGAGAGGUGGCCAACCCUUGACCUGGUCGAGGGGUAUGAAGAAGAUUACGAAAUUACCCUUCCGGUGCCUAGCUGCCAUGCCACCCGAAGGAAGCACGAGGGCUGGGAUACUGCCGGGUUGCCCAAGCCUAGACAGGGGAAGUCGAGAGACAGAGGUCGGGUUCGAACCACGGACCUUCCGCAAACAAGUCACCUAAAAAUGGACGACAAGCCUCCUCCUUAUGGAUCUGUUAUGGGUUAUCAGCAAGCUGCUCCCUAUCCAUCUGGGCAUCCAGUGCAAAUGGGCCCCUACUUCGCCGGGCAACCCAUGUAUGGUGCACCAUACCCAACUGGACCUGCAGCCGCACCUUAUCCCACAAGCCCGACGAUGCCAGGAGCCGGUUAUUCGCAUCCGUAUCCUGAUCCACAGUCCCAACCUUACGGUGAGUACUCUGCGUCGGAUGGGAAUGCGUUUACAAGUUCUGCAAGAUUCAGCGAUAAGUCUGUGCGCCACGCAUUCAUACGAAAGGUCUACUUGAUCCUCACCGCGCAACUGCUUGUAACCUGCGGGAUCGUCUCUCUGUUCCUGCUGGCUGCAACCUUUCUGGUCACCUACAUCACUCUGGUCUGUUGCGACAAUGUGAGACGUCGUUUUCCGGGGAACUUCAUCGCAUUGAGUGUUUUUACGCUUGCGUUCUCCUACGUGGCCGGAACCAUAGCCUCGUUCCACAACACCGACUCUGUGCUGAUCGCGGUCGGAAUCACCGCUGCCGUCUGUCUGGGCAUUUCCCUGUUUGCCAUACAGACACGUAUCGACUUCACAAAGUGCACCGCACUCAUCUUCGUCCUCUCUCUGGUCGUACUAUUGACCGGCCUGGCAUGUAUGAUUGUGUACAUGGUGAGCGGCCCAAACAAGAUACUUCAUGUGGUGUACGGUGGACUCGCUGCGCUUCUGUUCGGGUUGUAUCUGGCGUUCGAUACGCAAAUGAUAAUGGGCGGUCGUAAACAUGAAUUGAGUCCGGAGGAAUACAUCUAUGGCGCGCUACAACUCUAUCUGGAUGUGGUCUAUCUGUUCAUGAUCAUCCUCUCGUUGGUCGGUUCGAAAGACUAGUCUCUCCACCGUCCGAUUCAGCUCGAUCUCCUUCCUAUCCUCUUCGCUUCUAUUUGUGUGUGUGUGUGCGCGCCCAUUAUUCUUCAUUUCUUCGACGUUGUCCGUUGAUUUUCCCUCCACGUCUAUGUCUAUUCCUGUUGUCGGACAAUCCACCUCACACUUUAUACUAGUAAUCAUAUUCAGUCUCUUGCUUUUGUUGUUCUCCCACCUUCCUGAUCAUCGUGCUGUUUGUGACAACAUUCUUCGCCCGUUUUUUCCUAAAAAAAGAAAAUAGUGCACGGCUUGUUUCCAAUCAAACUUCUGAUUAUGAUUUUACGAAUGCUACUGAUCGAUUAUAUCUUCACCCGACAUUUGUUGACACGAGUGUUACAUACAUACAUUCUUUUUUCGCUCCUUUCUAGUGGUCCAUGUUUUUGUUGACCAACUGUGUUCACCAAUCAGGUACAGUUGGAACAAGCUUUCCCAGUUCAGCGUUCCACUAAAUCGACGCACUGUUUGCUGUAUUUCCUAAACUCGUUGGUCCGUACAACACUGUAUCAAUGUUGACUCCAACGGAGCGGAUUCCGCGUUACCACACGCACAAAAAGUCUCACUAGCCACACUUUGUGGGAGUGCACCUGGACAGUUUGCUACAGUUCGGUAUGAACUGUUUCUUAAAGGGAGUUCACGGAUUCUUGUCUUUCAGUUAAUGAGUUGGACAACCUUCUACGGGUGUGAACAUGGGGGAAGAGGUACACUUUGUUCUAAUGAUUUUAUGUGAAUUCGGAAGAACUUACCACCGCAAUUCACUACAUCGACGUGUG